AUGUCCUCAGCUGUUGUAGGAGAAACACCAGACCUGGAACCCAGUUUGUUACUGGACUUGUGGAAGAGGAAACACAAAGCUUUCCAGAUGAAUAACCGCAAGGAAGAUAUGGAGAUCGCGUCCCACUACCGUCACCUGCUGCGGGAGCUGAACGAGCAGAGGCAGCACGGCAUCCUCUGCGACGUCUGCAUCAUAGUGGAGGGGAAGAUAUUUAAGGCUCACAAAAACGUUCUGCUUGGGAGUAGUCGUUACUUCAAAACACUCUACUGCCAGGUACAGAAAACCUCUGACCAGGCCACUGUCACCCACCUGGACAUCGUGACUGCCCAAGGCUUUAAAGCCAUCAUUGACUUCAUGUACUCCGCACACCUCGCGCUGACCAGCCGGAACGUCAUUGAGGUGAUGUCAGCUGCGAGCUACCUGCAGAUGACAGACAUUGUCCAGGCCUGUCACAACUUCAUCAAAGCAGCUCUCGACAUAAGCAUAAAGUCUGAUGCCUCGGAUGAUCUCGUUGAUUACGAACUUGGAGCCCCCUCCAGCAGCAGUACGGAUGCUCUGAUUUCGGCAGUGGUGGCUGGCAGGAGUAUAUCUCCCUGGUUAGCUCGGCGCACGAGCCCUGCAAACUCUUCUGGAGACUCAGCCAUUGCCAGCUGCCAUGAAGGAGGGAGCACUUAUGGCAAAGAGGAUCAAGAACCAAAAACAGACAGCCACGAAGACAUUUCAUCCCAGUCUCUUUGGUCUAGUGACAUGGGCUAUGGCUCUUUACGGAUCAAGGAGGAACAGGUUUCACCGUCGCAUUACGGAGGGAGUGAACUGCAUUCUGGCAAGGAUAGUGCAAUACAGACUGUGUUCUCAGAGCAAGGAGCAGGGGAUGGCUGGCAGCCCACGGGGCGCAGGAAGAACAGGAAAAACAAAGACACUGUGAGGCAUAUCACACAGCAAGUGGAGGAGGACAGCAGGGCAAGCUCUCCAGUGCCAUCAUUCUUACCCGCCUCAGGAUGGCCCUACAGCAGUCGAGACCCCAGUGCUGAGGUGACGGUGCCGGAGCCCAGCAGCUCUGAGAGCAGAGUGGAGCGCCCGGAGCCCUACGGCAGCGUGGAGGAAGCGCUCCUCACCGGGGAGGGCACCUACAUCCCGCAGCCGCUGACGCCCGAGAAGGAGGAUGUGCUGCAGGCUGCCACCGUGGCCAACCUGCGCGCGGCUCUCAUGAGUAAGAACAGCUUGUUGUCCCUGAAAGCUGACAUGCUGGGAGAGGACAGCUCUCUGCUCUUCGAGUACCUACCCAAAGGCACCCACUCCCUCUCUCUCAACGAGUUCACGGUCAUCAGGAAGAAGUUCAAGUGCCCCUACUGCAGUUUCUCAGCCAUGCACCAGUGCAUCCUGAAGAGACACAUGCGAUCCCACACGGGGGAGAGGCCCUAUCCCUGCGAGAUCUGCGGGAAGAAGUUCACACGCCGGGAGCACAUGAAGCGGCACACGUUGGUAAGAGCCCAGCGCGGCCUCGCCUGCCAGCGCCAGUUAUCACUUAGAGAUAAGAUAAAGGAUAAGAUAAAGAUGAAAGAUGAGAUAAAGGAGCUUCAUGUGAGGGAG